AUGUCUGAAGCGUAAAAACCAAAGCCAAAAAUCUCUGCAUCUCGCAGACUGUUCCUGAAGACCAAACUGCUAAAGAAGGCCAUGACCAUGUUGGACAAUGAAAAGCAAGUCAGAAAAGAUGAACGAGAGCGGAUCCUUGCUGAGAGAGUCCCAGCGCUCCAAAUGUCAGGCCUGUCUACGCAAGAUCUACAGAAUCUUUGCAAAGAGCUACACCAGAAAAUUGAUGUUGUUGAUGAGGAGCGGUACGACAUUGCUUUAAAAGUGUCCAAAAGUGACACAGAGAUACAGGACCUGUCUCAGAAGAUCUUUGAGUUGAAGGGCAAGAUGAAGAGACCCAACCUGAGGAGGGUGAGGGUGUCUGCUGACGCCAUGCUUGGAGCUCUGCUGGGCUCAAAGGUCAAAGAGUCUGUGGACUUCAAGGCCAACCUGAAGACUGUGAAGAAAGAGGAGGAGAAGAAAGAGGAAGUGACUGACUGGCGUAAGAACGUGGAUGCCAUGUCUGGUAUGGAGGGCAGAAAGAAGCUGUUUGACGCUGGGCAGUAGUGGAGUUUUGGUGGAUAUCUUUGUGAAGAUAUUUGCUGCUCCAUAACAGGUGGAACCACUGAAUCAUGUGACUGUUGUUCACUUUAGUGACAGUGAAAAUGAAUACCAGUUUAACUAAGUGUAAAUUCUGGCACAGUUCAUGUUUCAACUGUUUGUGCAAAUGGCAAUAAUGAGUAUAUCAACUGUAUAAUAAUUCUCAAGGAAUACAUAGUUUUUUACAUAAUGUAUAAUGUAUUAUGGAAAACACAUGUAUUUUAUAUGUUGGAGCACUGUAUUACUUUUGUAGUUUUUAGGAUCCAUAUGAAUUCAUGAACACAGCACCACUAUUGGCUGUUCACAUCACCUGUAGUGAAGAUACUUGCUUGC